UAUAAGAGGAGGAUAUAUGGGAGAUAGGAGAAGAGUUGGAAGUUGAAAAGCAAGAAAAAGCUUUGGUUUUUUUUUGAAGUCUCUCUUUCAUUUUUCCACCUUUGAGAGAGAGAGAGGACCUGGUCAUGGAUGUGUUGAAGAGGUCCUUUCAUAGAGGAACAGAGGAUGUUGAGGAUGAGAAAGGUGUGGGGCUUCAUGGCGAUGGAGAUCUUACAGAUUUCAAGGUCUCAUCUAAGAGUGAAAAAAUGGGUAUCGGGCGAAGCGAUUCGAAGCCAACGUCACCAAAUCAGACAGAUUCAAGCAACCAGGAGGACCAGAUCAUAUCUGCGAAAGCCGAGAUGGGAGAAGUGAGAGAAGAAAAUGAGCGAUUAAAGACGAUCUUAGCACAAAUCGCUAAGGAUUAUCAGUCACUGCAAAUGCACUUCUUCGACAUAGUUCACCAAGAACAAAUCAUGAUAAAGCCUGAAUCCGAGGUUUCAAACCACAAAACCGAAGAACCCGAGUUGGUUUCUCUCUCUCUAGGAACUACAAAUUCAUCCACAAUUCACAAAAAGGAAGAAAAAACAAGCAAUUUUGAGAAAGGAAAAGAAGAAGAAGAGGAUCGACAAGUAGAUGAAGGCCUUAGUCUAGGCUUAGACUGUCGAUUCAAUCAACCGCACCGAAAUCCGAUAGAAAUUUCAGCAAAAGUUGAAAUUCCGGAGAGGGAAAGCCCUGAAAAUAUCUCAGAAGAGUCCAAGGAAGAGGAAAUCAACACUGAAGCUUGGCAUCCAAAUACGCUUCUCAAGACUUCAAGGGGACCUGAAGAUGAGAUUUCUCAACAAGCCCAUGUGAAGAAAGCUAGGGUUUCGGUUAGAGCAAGAUGUGAUGCCCCAACGAUGAAUGAUGGAUGUCAAUGGAGAAAAUAUGGACAGAAGAUUGCCAAGGGCAAUCCAUGUCCUCGAGCUUAUUAUCGAUGCACAGUUGCACCAGCUUGCCCAGUAAGAAAACAGGUCCAAAGGUACGCGGAAGACAUGUCCAUCCUCAUCACCACCUACGAAGGAACACACAACCACCCUCUCCCCAUCUCUGCCACCGCCAUGGCCUCCACCACCUCUGCCGCCGCCUCCAUGCUCAACUCCGGCCCCUUGGCCACGCGCCCCUCCUCCUCAGCUGCCCUCCAAAGCCUAGCUUUCAACCUCACUGACCCUAGCUCAAGAGCUAACCCUAACAAACCCUUCUUCUUCCCAACCCCAACUAUCUCUUCCACCCCUUCUUACCCCACUAUCACUCUAGACCUAACUCAACCUCCCUCUAGGCACUUUUUCUCUCCUCCCUCUAACUUGCACCAAAAUCAAAGGUACCCCACAAAUUCUUUCUCUACCCUAAACUUCUCAUCAGAGCAAAGCAACAUAAUGACCCCAAAUCCAUGGCCAAAUAGCUCUUACUUCAAUAGUGCCUCACAAUCCCAAUUCUAUAACAAGGGCCACCAUAUGGUGCCAUCAACCUUCGUGAGGACGCCACAAGACCACUUCUACCCUUCACUUUUACAAAAACCCAGUUCGGUCCCCUCGACGUCAUCCUCCUUGCCUCUCACUGACUCGAUAGCGGCUGCGACCAAGGCGAUUACGUCCGAUCCAAACUUUAGGUCCGCCUUGGCAGCCGCUAUCACAUCAAUAGUGAGUGGUGGACAUGGGCCUCCUCAAGGUGGCGGCGACAUACUAUCGUUUUCGCAGAAGGCGGGGGUAGAGGGACCGAUACAAGCCAUACCGUACCAUGGGUCCGGAACCGUUGGUGCAUGCGGCUCGAGCUUUAUGAGCCAGCCCUCGGGCUCAGGCUCCGGCUCGGGCUCACAAGCGGGUGGGCUCACUUUUCUCUCGCAAUCGAUGCCUUUCGGUUCUUCGAAGAGUGCUUCAGCUUCACCAGUGGUCAAUAGAGAUCAUAUAAGUUGAUUGAGACUGUUUAUUAAGGGCAAUGUUUGUUUAGUUCAUGUGUAGUUGUGGUGGUGGUGGUUAUGUAAAGUGUAUAUGAGAGAGAGGGAGAGUCUUUAGGAAUGUGAGAUGACCUUUAUGUUCUUAAUUUAAGUAUUUAGAGGUAUGUUUCAUUUUUUUUUUGCAGAAAUGUAAUUAAGUUGAAUUGCAUAUUAUGGGAGCAGCCAUUUUAUGGA